AUGAGGACCCAUCUGAGUGACCGCUUGCACACCCACCAUGCUCCCCAGCGUAUCGGAAAAGUCCCAGAAGACAUGUCUAGCAGCUGCCAGAGCGUUCAAUGCUCUAAAUCUUUUACAGACCACCGACAGUUGGCCCAAGCUCCGGGCGAAGACCCAGUGGCCCUCCCCAGCCACAGCUGGGAUGGCUGGGAGCGGCCACACUUCCAAAUGCGCGUCUUGCUUUUCCGCUGCUCUCUCCAGUAUCUUCUGCAGAAGCUCGUCAUCGAGCUGGUCAAAAGUGCAGCCGCCUCUGUGCUGUCCGCUGGCCAUGUUCACGAACAAGGAGAGGUCCAGGGCGCAAAAAGGUCAAAGAACGAAGUUGUAAAAGUGUUCACAUGCUACUUUUACGCAAGGUGCGUCAGCAUCUUUGACAAUCGGGGCACUCUGCUCUCCUCGGUUCCUUGGAUGACGCGCUACCGCACGCGCGACGACGAGAUCUUUGGCAAUCUGGCGGCCGACAGUGCCGGCCUUGGUAACACUCAGCUGAUUGGCUCCGACUCCCGGGUCCAGCAGGCGCUGCCAGUGCCAGGCGCAGCCUUGAAGAUCACUGCUUCAGCGCUCUUUGAUUCUUGGAAGGUGGUCACUCGCCAACUUCGCAAUCUGCAGAGAGUCUCGGGGUGUUCUGGCGAACAGAAGAGCGCCAUGGCAGGCACCCACACUCUCUUGCGGUUACCUGGACCCACUCUUACUACUUUGCAGUGCAAGGGCAGCCAGCUCCGGUCUCGCUUCGGGCAGGCUAUUGCCUGUCCUCUGGUGGCGCGGCCCGCUGCGGGCAGCUGUCUUGAGCAAAGAUGCACGGCGCACAAAGCCUUUCUCCCUGCUGGAACGGGACUAUCAGCAUCCCCGUUUCACCAGCGGCUUCUGCACCAGUCUGAGAGGAGAGGCGCUCUGAGGCACCGGCCGCAGGCGGUGGCCGACGUGCUGACGGAGGCCCCCCUGCCGGAGCAAGAAGUUAGAGAAAAGGCCAUUGAUGAGGUUGCGGCCCGCCUGGCUGCGGAGCAUGGGUCUCUUCCAACGGGCCCGAAUGGGCGGGAUGACCGCGACCUGAUUCUGUGGUUCCUCCGGGACCGCAAGUUUGACGUUGACAAGGCGGUUGAGAAGCUGGCCACCGCAAUCCAAUGGCGCACCGACUUUGGCGUGGAGGCGCUCACGGACGAGAGGGUGGCUGCGUGCGCUGCCACGGGGAAGGCCUACUUGCACACGGCCAAGGACAAGGAGGGGCGCUCCGUCGUUGUGGUUGUCGCAGGACAGCACCGCCCCGAGGAGUUUUCGCUGGAGGACAGUCAGCGGCUGUGCGUGCACAUCGUGGAGCAGGCGGUCGCCAACCUGGAGCCGCCGACGGAGCAGAUUUUGGGCAUCUUCGACCUGCGCGGCUUCCAGCAGAAGAACACCGACUGGCCCUUCAUCAAGUUCCUCGUCGACAUCUUCUUCAAGUACUACCCGAAGCGCCUCGGUCACGUGCUGUUCGUGGACGCGCCCUUCAUCUUCCGGCCAGGCUGGGAGAUCGUCAAGCCCUGGAUCGGCAAAUACAAGGAGCUGGUCCGGUUCUGCUCCGCCAAGGACGUCAAGGAGUAUUUCACGGACGAGACGCUGCCUCCCAACUUUCGGACCUGACUUCUGUGAGCGCUGAAGCCGAAAGGGGGCCUGUGUUUGGUGCCCCCCUUUGGCGGGGCGGCUCCCAUUUCAGUUUGGGAUUGUACGCGCAGGUUGUUGAGUGUGCCCAACUCCGAGAUUUUGAGCGUGUUGAGUUGUAACUUAGAAACAAGGUAGCGGUACUAAUCGUCCCCUAGGGAUGUUGAGAUUGGACCUAUUGUUGCAGAUUAGCUAGACAUCCCCACGGCCAUAGGUGUUGCUUGAAUCGAGGCGGUAGGUCUGGUGGACUUCACCGACGGAUGACCCCCUGAUUUGUUGAUGCUUUUACAGCUGUAGCUAGUGGACCAUUUGAGCACUUCUGCGUGCUUGAGCGAGUAAAUGAUCACGGGCCGGUAGUUGUGAGAACAGGCCGCCCAGGCUUCCACUGCAGCCCGCGGCAUAUGUUGCCAAAAGAAGUGUAGUAGUGUCCGUUUACAACUCUAUGUGAUGCCCACCCCAGGCGGGGAGACCUGUUUGCAAGCUAGCCCGGCCCGCCCUUGAUCGAG